AUGCAUCAGAAGCUUUUGAAGAGUGCCCAUUACAUCGAGCUAGGAAGCUACCAGUACUGGCCUGUUCUGGUACCUCGGGGAAUCCGCUUGUAUACCUAUGAGCAGAUUCCUGUGUUCCUUAAAGACAAUCCAUAUAUUACAGAUGGCUACAGGGCUUAUCUCCCUUCUAGGCUGUGUUUGAAAAGUCUGUUCAUUUUAUCCAAUGAGACAGUAAACAUCUGGAGUCACUUACUGGGCUUUUUCCUUUUCUUCACUCUGGGCAUAUAUGACAUGACUUCUGUAUUACCUUCAGCGAGUGCCUCUAGAGAAGACUUUGUUAUCUGUUCUAUUUGCCUCUUCUGCUUUCAAGUCUGUAUGCUUUGCUCGGUAGGAUAUCAUCUUUUCUGCUGCCAUCGCUCAGAGAAGACUAGCCGUCGAUGGAUGGCAUUAGAUUAUGCAGGAAUUUCCAUUGGGAUCCUGGGCUGCUACGUAUCAGGAGUGUUUUAUGCAUUUUACUGUAAUAAUUACUGGCGUCAGGUAUACUUGAUCACUGUGCUUGCUAUGAUCCUUGCAGUAUUCUUUGCUCAGAUUCAUCCCAGCUACCUCACUCAGCAGUGGCACAGACUGCGUUCUGUCAUCUUUUGCUCCGUCUCUGGAUAUGGAGUCAUUCCUACUAUCCACUGGGUUUGGCUCAAUGGAGGAGUUGGUGCAUCUAUUGUGCAGGAGUUUGCUCCUCGAGUGAUUGUGAUGUACUUGAUUGCUGCCGUAGCUUUUCUCUUUUACAUUUCCAAAGUUCCAGAAAGAUACUUCCCAGGACAAUUAAACUACCUCGGCUCUAGUCACCAAGUAUGGCAUAUCCUUGCAGUAGUAAUGUUGUAUUGGUGGCAUCAAUCUACAGUGUAUAUCAUGCAAUACAGACACAGCAAGCCCUGUCCUGACUACAGUACACAUUUAUGA